AUGUAUAGAUAUGAACGCGACGGUGCCGCGUUAGCAAUGUAUUAUAAAGGAAAGCUGGUAGUGGAUCUCUGGGGUGGCUGGGCUGAUCGCAUGAAUGAGAGGAGUUGGACACAAAAUACGAUGGCUAACAUCUUUUGCUGCACUAAGGUAAGAAAACUAAAAUGUGCUGGAAAGGAAGCGGAGACGUCUUGCGACGCGCUUUCAUCUAGUGCUACAAAAGAGCCUGCUGAUCAAGCGAAUAUGCAGAACGAUGGGAACGAGCUGAAUGCUUGCUUUGUACGUCUUUUUCGAUGUAUGUAG